UUGCCCCACUCUGGAUUUCCUCAGCAGUGACACAUCCUUCCCCAGCACAUGUCCCCACAUCCUCUUUCUCGGGAAGAGCUGCCAAGUGCUGUCCCUCCUGCCAUGGGCACAUACACCCUGGCGCAGGCACCAACGCUGCCACUGGCUAUCCAGCAUUGGCCUUGCCAUCCCCUCACCGAAGCCUUGUGGGGUGCAGGAGGACUUGAGGAGACCCUGCGCCCCAGAGUGCAAGUGCAGCUUUGUCCAUGCGAGCCCGUAGAAGGAGGCAGGAGGGUCCCCAAGUUGGCAGCUGGGGAUGGUAGGAGCCAGCCACACUGGGACCCGCCAGGCUGACCUGUGUUUUGGGAUCGUUGUUUUGGGCUUGGCUCCCGUUUAUUUCUUUGUGGCCAGUUUAAACUGGUUUGCAGCUUUUAUAAGUUGUGGGAUGAGUGGGAUCCUGUGAGUGCGGGCAGCUCCAGAAGGGAGCCCACACCUGUGGCUGCUGGAGCUGUUGGCCAUGAGAGCCCACGUGCCUGGGGCGCAGGGAGCAGCUCUCCAGGCAGCAGAUGCCAGCUCACAGCCCGGACCAGAGGAGAGCAAGCCCGAAGCUGCCUACCAUGCUUUUGGCUGCAGCAUCUUCCCCUCCAGCAUGGCUCCAGCAGCCGAGCGAGCUGGUGCCACCCUGCAGCGGGAGGAAUGGGGGGACAUCACCUACCCAGUGCUCUUCAUCCAGCUCAACCAGCUCUUCAGCACCCCAGCCGGGCUGGAGUGGAGAGAGACAGCCAGGUGGAUAAAGUUCGAGGAGAAGGUGGAGGAUGGCGGGGAGCGCUGGAGUGUGCCCCAUGUCCCAGCCCUCCCCCUGCACAGCCUCUUCCAGCUGAGGACAUGCCUGCAGAAGGGUACAGUGCUCCUGGAUCUGGAUGCCCCCAAUUUCAAGGAAAUAAUCGACAAGGCACUUUCCAGGCAGCCUGAGGAAGCAGAGCUGCAGCCUGAGCUGAGGGAGCGCCUGGCAGCCCUCCUGCUCUGCCAGCCACGGCACCAGCCCACCAAAUCCCUGCUGCAGCUCCUCGUUGAGCUUGGCCUCUCUCCCUGCCGAGGGAAGGCCAAAAGCUGGUCUGAGCCUGGAGCCCAGCUCUCCAAAACACCUCUUAAGGAGCAGCUGAGAAACCGAUUUAAGAAGAAGGUCCCACCAGGGGCUGAAGCAGCCCACAUUGCUGUCGGUGAAGUUGAAUUCUUGGAGAAGCCCUUCACUGCCUUCAUCCGCCUCAGGCAAGGGGUGGCCCUCGGCUCGCUGUCUGAAGUCGCUCUCCCCAGCAGGUUCCUCUUCAUUCUGCUGGGUCCUCGAGCCAAAGCGAAAGCCUACCAUGAGGUUGGCAGGGCCAUGGCCACACUGCUGACAGAUGAGGUCUUCCAAAGGGUUGCCUGGCAGGCUGAGCAGCGGGAGGACCUCAUCGCAGGGAUGGAGGCGUUCCUGGAUGAGCUGACUGUGCUUCCUCCUGGGAAAUGGGACCCCAGUGCCCGAAUUCCUCCGCCAAGCUGUCUGCCAUCUCCGCACAGGAGGACCACUGUGCACCAGCCGGAUGGGCAGUCUCAUGGCAAUGGGGACAUAGCAGCAGCUGGGGACAGAGCCGGCCAAAGGCGUGCACACUCCAGGGAAGAGCUGGAGAGGACGGGCAGGCUUUUUGGGGGGCUGCUGCAAGACAUCCGGAGGAAGGCUCGGUGGUAUGGCAGUGACUUCUCUGAUGGCCUGCACCCUCAGUGCCUCUCGGCAGUGCUGUACAUCUACCUGGCGACUGUCACCAACGCUAUCACCUUCGGGGGCAUGCUGGGGGAUGCAACUGCCAACAUGCAGGGUGUGCUGGAGAGCUUCCUGGGCACAGCCUUUGCUGGCUUUGUCUUCUGCCUCUUUUCUGGCCAGCCCCUGACCAUCCUGAGCAGCACCGGUCCUGUGCUGGUCUUUGAGCGCCUCCUCUUCUCCUUCAGCCAGGACUAUGGCCUGGACUACCUGGAGUUUCGCCUCUGGAUUGGGCUCUGGGUGGCCUUCUUUGGCGUGGUCCUGGUGGCCACUGAGGCCAGUCACCUGGUACGGUACUUCACUCGCUUCACUGAGGAAGGCUUCUGCGCCCUCAUCAGCUUGAUAUUCAUCUACGACUCCCUGAAGAAGAUGCUGAGCCUAGCGGACACCUUCCCUAUCAACUGGCAGUACCGGCUGGACAAUGUCACCUCCUACAGCUGCAUCUGCAACUUGUCCAGCCCUGGUCACAGCUCCACAGGGAAUGACACUCCACUCCCCUCGGCCCUGGCACCCUGGCAGCCUCCUGCCGCCCUGGCCAUGCUGAGCAGGACCCAGUGCCUGGAUCAAGGUGGGUAUCUCCUGGGGACCAGCUGCCAGUAUGUGCCCGAUGUCACCCUGUUCUCCUUCCUGCUCUUCGGGGGAACCUUCCUCUCCUGUACUGUGCUCAAGCGCUUCAGGAGCAGCCACUACUUCCCUGUGGGGGUGCGGAAGGUGGUCAGCGACUUCGCCAUCAUCUUGGCCAUUCUCGCCUCCUGCGCUGUCGACGCUGCCCUGGGACUGGAGACCCCCAAACUGCUUGUCCCCAGUGAGCUGAAGCCUACGAACCCAGCGCGAGGCUGGAUCAUCUUCCCCUUCGGAGCCAACCCGUGGUGGGUGUGCCUGGUGUCCACGGUGCCUGCCGUCCUUGUCACCAUCCUCAUCUUCAUGGACCAGCAGAUCACAGCUGUCAUCCUUAACCGCAGAGAGUACAAGCUGCAGAAAGGAGCAGGCUUUCACCUGGACCUCCUCUGUGUCUCCCUCUUGAUGGUCGUCACCUCUGUCACUGGCCUCCCCUGGUAUGUAUCGGCCACCGUCAUCUCCCUGGCGCACAUGGAGAGCCUAAGGAAGGAGAGCACGACCUCAGCCCCCGGCGAGCACCCCAAGUUCCUGGGCAUCAGGGAGCAGAGGCUGACUGGCCUGGCUGUCUUCGUCCUGACAGGGGUCUCUGUCUUCAUGGCACCUGUUCUCAAGCACAUCCCGAUGCCGGUGCUUUACGGGGUUUUUCUGUACAUGGGGGUGGCGGCGCUGAACAGCAUUCAGCUCACAGACCGCGUGCGGUUGCUCCUGAUGCCAGCCAAACACCAGCCAGACCUUGCCUACCUCCGCCACGUGCCCCUGCGCCGGGUGCACCUCUUCACCAUCAUCCAGCUGCUGUGCCUGGCUCUGCUCUGGGUCCUCAAGUCCACCGUGGCUGCUAUUAUUUUCCCAGUGAUGCUGCUGGCUCUGGUGGGGAUCCGGAAGGGGCUGGAGCGCAUCUUCUCCCUGCAUGACCUCAGCUGGCUGGACAGCCUCCUGCCCGAAACAGCCAGGAAGGAGGCAGAUGGGAAACAGUCCAGGGAACAAGAGGAAAGCAACAGCGAGGAGUCCGGGCUGAUGCCCCGCCGAGGACCAGAGAUCAACGUCUCCGUGAACUAGGCCGGCAGCACGGGGCACGCAGAGGGGUGCAGGAGGCCGGGCUGGACCAGACCAGCCUUCCCGCUCCCCUCCAGCGCGGCCCACGUGGGUGUGACGGCAGGCGGGCACCAUCAAGCCACCGAGUGGUCUGGGCCCGAGGGGACCUGCCAGGACACCCCCGGGUGCAGACAUCGCGCUCCAGGCCGGGCUGCCCACGGCCCCGUCCAGCCCAGCCCGGAGCGCCCCCCGGGACGGGGCACGGAGAGCCCCCCGGGCGGUGUGUCCCGGGGUCCCCCCCCCUCACCCCGCAGUGCAUUGUCCCGGUUGCCCCCGCCCUCCAGCAGCCCCGAGCGGCCGCCCCGUGUCCUGUCGCACCGGCCCCGCCCGUCCCUCGGCUGCCCAGGCCCGGCGGCAGCGCGGACAGAGGCCACGUGUCCGCGCCAGUGGCGUCACGGCGAGCGGAGCAGCGCGGCGGCCAGACUGACGGCGCGAUCGACCAAUGGCGGCCCGCGCUCGGGCCGGGGGCAGCGGCGGAGGGGCCGGGCCGCUCUGUUCGACGGGCAGCGCCCGGUUCCAAUCGCCGCCCGGGACCGGCGGGCGUGUGACGAUCUCUCGCGCUGACGAAGUCCUUCAGAGCAGUUCGGAGAGAAGACAGGCCCAGGGCACGGCAGGAGCCAAUCGAGUGGCGCCAGACUCCUGGCGUUGUGAGUGAUGUGCCCUCCGACCAAUCGAAAUCCACGACUCUCGAAUUCUCCUUAGCCGACAGCCCGCUCGCCCUAUCGGCGGCGGCA